UGAGAUAUGAAUAACUCCAGCAGAUGGGUAGAAAGGUGAAGAAGACAACAAUAUCCGAGCUCAGUUUCUGGAUACUAACAGCGUUUAACAGCACUACUGUAACUUUUUAACCUCUACCACUUAUAGAAAGGCGACAGGAGCUCAUUGGAAUCGUUAAACACAGCGGGUCGCUAAUAUUUUGUUUACACACGUUUUUUUAAAUUCCUGCGCACGUUGCUUUAACUAUUUCUGUUGACAGAAACUUUGUAAAGUUGUCCUCGACGUUUCCUUCGAUUAUAAAUAUUGUCAUGUGUGAAGACUAUAGUUGUUAAUGAAUGAAAUGGGAUUUACCGGCACGAGGGACGCGUCGUGGGACUGUACGUCUGUUUCAGUUGGAAAAUCAGCCUCCUGAGUCUGCUCGGAUACUAUAACGCGUUUGUUUUUUAUUAUCCAUGGAGUCUGUUGGGAAGUUUGAGUUCAACAGGAAAGACCUGAUUGGCCACGGUGCAUUUGCAGUCGUGUUUAAAGGCAGACACAAAGAGAGACGUGACUGGGAGGUAGCUGUAAAGUGUAUCAACAAGAAAAACUUGGCCAAAUCCCAGUCUCUGCUUGGUAAAGAAAUCAAAAUAUUAAAGGAACUCAAACAUGAGCACAUUGUUAGACUUCUUGACUAUCAGGAAAUGGGAGGAUGUGUGUAUCUUGUCAUGGAGUACUGCAAUGGAGGUGACCUGGCAGAGUACCUUCACUCUAAGGGCACGUUAAGUGAAGACACCAUCCGUGUUUUCCUGCAGCAGAUUGCUCAGGCCAUGAAGGUCCUGCAGAGCAAAGGCAUCCUCCACAGAGACCUCAAACCACAGAACAUCUUGCUCUGCCACCCAGAGGGCCGCAGGUCCAGUUCCAUUAAUACCUGCAUUAAGAUAGCUGACUUUGGGUUUGCACGUCAUCUCCAGACAAACACUAUGGCAGCCACACUGUGUGGCUCUCCCAUGUACAUGGCUCCCGAGGUCAUCAUGUCCCAGAACUAUGAUGCUAAGGCUGAUCUGUGGAGCAUAGGCACUAUUGUAUACCAGUGUCUGACUGGAAAGGCACCAUUUCACGCCAGCACACCGCAGGAGCUCCGUCUCUUUUAUGAAAGCAACAGGACCCUGUUACCCAGCAUCCCAAAGGAGACUUCUAGUAACCUAAGACACCUGCUGUUGGGGCUGCUGCAGAGAAACCACAAAGAGCGGAUCAGUUUUGAUGAGUUUUUCCACCAUCCUUUCCUGGAGACAAGCUCAUCCACAAAGAAAUGCUCUCCAGCUCCCAUGCUCUCCUACCCCAGUUCAGGCUCAGGCAGUUCCUCUGGCAGCUCCUCCACAUCUCAUCUGGCCUCACCUCAACAUUCCGAUGGAGAGAUUCACCGAAUCCAGCUCAAAGCUCAGUACUCUCCUACACAAAAUACUGCUGGCUUCCUGCUGAAAGAAAUAGCCAAUCAAGACAGUAGGAACACCUCAUCUUACGCAGAGGACUAUGUCAUGGUGCCUGCCCAGUUUCCCAGUGAAUAUACAUGUGAAGUGGAUGUUGAGUCACCAAUUGAGAGUUGCCUUAUAUACAGUGGGAACUCACUGCUUACUGAAAGAGGUCCUGGGCCUGCAAGAAAGACACCUCCACCUUCUCCCCUGGUACACUCUCCCUCCAAGCCUGUUAGCAAUCCUGUUGAAUUUGUUGGCUGUAACUGCAGCCACUCUGUGCCCAUUCCUGUCCCAACACAGAUCCAAAACUACCAGCGUAUGGAACAGAACCUGCAACCUGUCGGCGUGCAUGGUUCCACCAGGGUGACACUGUGCUGUGCAGGCAGCAGUGGUGAAAGCUCCCCACAAUGUGAAGGCUGUGGGGCUCCAGGUCCAGGAUUUGUCCUCAAUUCCCCAAGGCUGGUGACUGGAGGAGCUCAGCCACAGCAGAGCUCCCCACUAGUGGGAUCUACCCCAAAGUCCUCAGAGCAGACUCUCCCAUUCAGCACAAGAACUGGACUUCUCACUGGCUCUCCUGACAUGCAGGACAUCUCUAGCCCCAAGCAGGUUCAGUCAAGAAUGCCAAACCGGAUCAGGACAGUCCCAGACCUGCAAUCUCUAGACACAGCUCCCACUUCCCAGACCAACCACAACAGGAAAUGUGCCAUUAAAAAGGGUCCUUUUAAAAGAUCGCUGAGCACAGGCAGGCUAUCUGACAUGCUACUGAAGGCGGCCUUUGGAGCUCACCUUUUUGAAGAGGGAAAUGAUGAGAGCCUCAACUGUGAGAAAGGCAUGGACAUAACAGCUCCCCCUACUGGUAACAAUAGAGGCUUUCAGUUCUCAGACAGCCCACCCCCUCCAGUCUUCACUAUGGGUUCUCCUUCCAAAGGAAGUUCUCCUCCUGAUACCAUGGUAUCAAGGAUGCUCGCAGGCUCCCCCAGCUACAUUAACUCAGCCUGGCUACUUAGCAGUCGCCUUCUCCAGAGAGGAAGCCGCAGAAACAGUGAGACUGAAGCCAUGGAUGCUACUCCACACAGCGGUCUGGUCUUUCACCCUCCAGAGCUCGCUGAAGAUACACUGAUGGAGCAGGCUCAUACAGAUGCCCUGAGUGACCUGCGUUUCACCUUUGCUUUUGUCCACUGUGUCAUGGAACUGGCUUCUUCUAAAGACCCAGGGCUGGAUGCCAUCAGCAGUCCUGAUGUUUCCUUUCUGGAGCAGAGCUUGGUGACAGAUCAGAUUAGCCUUCUGAGUAGAGAAUGGAGCUAUGCAGAGCAGUUAGUGCUGUACAUGAAAGCUGAAGAGUUUCUAUCAUCUGCACUGCACACUGCUAAAGAGGAUAUCAAACAAGGCAGACUCCUUCCCUCUGCUACAGUCAAACAAGUGAUCAGGAAGCUGAAUGAACUGUACAAGAACUGUGUAACAUACUGUCGCUCCCUCAACGACCGGCUGCAGACCUUCUUGCUUGAUAAACAGAAGCUAAUGGACCGCUUCAAUGGACUCACAGCAGAGAAACUCAUCUACAGCCACACUGUGCACAUGGUACAGUCUGCUGCUUUAGAUGAGAUGUUCCACUAUGGCACAGCAUCAGUCCAGCGCUACCACAGAGCCCUUCUGCUGAUGGAGGGUCUAUCCCGUGUCAUCACAGAGCAAAAGGACAUUGACAGCAUAGAUAAAUGUAAGCAGUGUAUUGAGCGACGCCUUUCUGCUCUGCAAACUUAACAGUAUCCAUGAGCUCUACAACUGCACUCAGAGCCACUGGAUUAUCUUGCCUCAUCCAUUUCACCUCAGUGUAGAUGGAUCCUCCUAGACUGUCAGUACACACAAGCACUUUGAUCUUUCUUAAGGGAAUUGACCACUGGAGCACCUGCUCUUAUCCCACCACCCAGUCUGUAAUCUUUACAUAAAUGCACAGAAAAGACUGGAAGUCCUAUUUUGUACAUGUUUUUGAAGAAAGAUUAUAUUAUGAUUGUUUGAAUACUUUGAUCAGGUAAAUUGUUGUCAGUAUUUGUUUUGUUUUGUUACAUACUGUAUAUGUUAGUGUUAAAUGUAUGUUUUAUGUUUUGCACAUAGAAUUAUCAGAUGAAAUAAUAACUGAUUUUAAAUGUGUUUUACUUGAAACAAGGAUUAUUGGCUUUUUUUCUUUCUCUCUUUGAAGCAUUUGUGUUAUAUGUACAGUGAAAGCCACCAGCCAUAAUAUUCUGGAUGAGAUGACCAAAUAUUACCAGUGUGUAGCAAUACUAGUUAAACUGUGCCUGGUGUUUGUUGUACAUUUUUUGUCACAGGAUAGCUGUGGCUGUAAAGGUAGUGACAGUAUGUUUUAACCUCAUACUGAAUAAUUGUCUUACAGUCAUGGGAUUGCAGUAAGUAUAUUUUAUAUUUGAAUGAGAUUUUUGUUGAACAACAAAUUGAUUGGGGCAAUGAUGUGCUCAGUCAUGAGGUACUUUAAGUGACAUUAACUGCAUGCCACAUUUCUUAUGUUUAUCUGCUGUUUGUGUGUAUGUGUGCCAAUUAGUUUUAUUCUUCAGCUGUGCAUAUUUUGAUUAAUGUAAAAAGUAAAUUUGGGAAUGAAUUUGUAUAAUAUUUUUUUGUGUGAUAGUACAGUAGUUUAUUACAAUUACAUAUUCACUAUUUUGUGAAAAUGUUAGUGUUUAAACAGAAGUUUGUUAGAAUUUAUCAAAUUGCCUUUUCUACUUUUAUGACUGCAAGUCAGAUUUGCAGAAAAUGAAUUGUUACACACUGUGUGAUGACAAUAAAUCAUAUUUAUUGUUAAAA